UCUGAACCUUCACUUGACGUCUAGUCUCUCUGUCGGGGUGCACACGGAUUGACCACUCCUUUGGGCUUUUCUUUUAUCCUUGGAUAUUUGGGGGGGAAAAGCUAAUCCACAAACAUGACUGACGCGCAACAAGAGGCCCGCUCCUACCUGAGCGAGGAAAUGCUGGCUGAGUUCAAAGCCGCCUUCGACAUGUUCGACACCGACGGUGGCGGUGAUAUCAGCACCAAGGAGUUGGGUACCGUGAUGAGGAUGCUGGGCCAGAACCCGACAAGAGAGGAGUUGGAUGAGAUCAUCGAGGAGGUCGAUGAGGACGGCAGCGGCACCAUCGACUUCGAGGAGUUCUUGGUCAUGAUGGUGAGGCUGCUAAAGGAGGACCAGGCUGGCAAGAGCGAGGAAGAGUUGGCAGAGUGCUUCCGUGUGUUCGACAAGAACGCCGACGGCUACAUCGACAGAGAGGAGUUCGCCCUCAUCAUCCGCAGCACCGGCGAGCCCAUCACAGAGGAUGAGAUUGAUGAGCUGAUGAAGGAUGGAGACAAGAACGCUGACGGCAUGCUGGACUUUGACGAAUUCCUCAAGAUGAUGGAGAAUGUGCAGUAAAACCAGAAAGACUCAUGGACAUUCCUCCUCCCACCCCCUGUGAACACAUCUGACUCCCCAUUGAUGUCCUCAAACUACCCCCCCAGCACUCUUCCUCCUCCUCCUCCUCUCUCCUGUCCACCUGGUUCACUGCCUCUCUUCUCCAUCCUCAUAGUCAUCCUCAACAGACAGCUAGGGCACCCGGCGGGGGGGUCGCUGGCUGGGCUACACUGUUCCCCAAACCCAGCUCGUCUGUGAAUGCAGACGGCCUACGGAUGCUGCGCUGACACUGUUCACCGUGACAGGACGGCGAGGCUGCAACGGGGAAAUUCGCUGCACACACCUUUUGCAGUAUAUGCAUGGCGUAACAUGUCAUCCGCGACCCCCCUCACCUCCCCCUCUGCUGGUAAUGCUCUGAUCUUGAUGUAGUCUAGAUAGAUCGGCAGCCUGUUACCUGCUGCUUAGACCAAUUCAUCCAAACACUUCACUGUACAAAGAAGUAAUUUGCUUGAACAGAAUAAAUGAAACUAACACAUACUCACUUGUAGUUGGUCUGUCAUAUUUAUGGUCUGUGUAAAAAAUUUUGUUUUGAGGAAUAUCAAUAAAAUCUCUUUGUUUCUU